AUGAUGAAGCUUACCGUUGCCUUCUUGGCCGCUCUCGCUGCCGCCGAUGCCGCUGAGGCUCGCAGCCACCGCCAGGCCCGUCGCCAAUACGGUGCCACCGACUCCUACGGUGGAGGAAACAGCUACGGCUCCAACAGCUACGGUGGUGGCAACAGCUACGGCUCCAACAACGGCGGAUACGGCGCCCAGCCCCCUGCUGGAUCCAGCUCUGCCGUGCCCGUUGUCAGCUCUGCUACUCCCAUCGUCAGCUCUGCCGUCCCGGUCGUUAGCUCUGCUACUCCCGUAGAGACCCCCGAGGCCUCCACCUCCGCAACCCCCGUUGUCUCCUCGGUCCCCUACGUCCAGACCUCUUCCCCAGCUUUCGAGACUUCCAGCACCCCUGCUGAUGCCACCUACACUCCUUCCACCUCUGCCGGUGGCUACGGAGCUGUCCCCCCUGCCGGUGGUGCCAGCUCCAGCUCUCCCGUCCCUGAGGCUGCUACCAGCUCUGCUGCCAGCUCUGGUUACCCAGUUGGCGGCGGCUACGGAGGUGUCCCCUCUUCUGCCGUCCCUGAGGCUGCUACCUCCAGCUCUGCUGUCAUCCCCACCAUCAGCUCCACCGCUGCUGCCAGCUCCGCCUACGGAACUGGCUACUCCGCCGUUGUCCCCUCCGGUGGUGUCUCCAGCUCUGUCCCCGGUGUCAGCAUGUCCUCUGUUGUCCCCUCUGGCGCCAGCUCCAGCUCCGUUCCAGGUGUUAGCAUGAGCUCCGCUAUCCCCUCCGGCUCUUACCCCGUCGGUGGCGGCUACGGUGGUGUUCCCUCCUCAGUCGUCCCUGAGGCUGCCACCAGCAGCAUGGCCGGGACUGGCUACCCUCUCUACCCCACUGGCACUGGAUCCCGCCCCGCUGGUGUCUCUUCCACCCCUGUCAGCGACAUGGUGACCUCCACCAUCUACAGCACUCAGAUCUUCACCAAGACUGCCUGCCCCCCUACCGUCACUGACUGCCCGGCUCACUCCACCGCGCUCGUCACCAGCGUUGUUGCCGUCGGCACCACCGUCUGCCCCGAGGGUGAGCUUCCCCAGGCCACCCCCACCGCCGGUGUGACCAGCUCCUACCCCGUCUCUGAGGUCGUCCAGACCUACACCGAGACCCUCGUCUACACUGUCGGUGUUGGCUCGACUGCUCACCCAGUCACCACUGAGGUUACCUCCACCUCCACCUCCACCCAGUACUCCACUGUCGUCAUCACUGUCGGCAAGCCCACUCCUACUGGUGAGGUUCCCUCUGAGGCCACUGGCCCCGCUGGCGGCGAGAACUCCUACCCCACUGGCCCUGCUGGUGGCGAGUCUGCCUACCCCGAGGGUGGUGAGGAUGUCACUUCCACCAUCAAGUCUACCUCCACCUCGACCAAGUACGUCACCGUCAAGCCCACUCCCACUGGUGAGGGCGACGUUCCCGCCGACUCCGAGUCCAACCCCUCUGGACCCGCUGGUGGCAACGGUGCUUACCCCACUGGCCCUGCUGGUGGUGAGAACGCCUACCCUACCGGCCCUGCUGGUGGUAACGCCACUCCUUCCGUCCCUGCUGGAAGCGAGGGUGGUGAGGACUGCGCUGCUCCCGUCACUGUCACCGUAACUGCCAAGGAGACUGUCACUGUUACCAAGGGUGGUGACUACCCUGCUGCUACCCCCGAGACCCCCGCUCCCACUCCUGAGGUUCCCUCUGAGCAGACUGCUUCCUCCGGCAUGCCCUCUGUUCCCACUGGCAUGUACCCCGUCCCCGGUAACGGCACCAACCCCUACCCUGCUGGCCCAACUGGCUUCAAGACCUCCACCAAGCCUGCUUACCCCACUGGCACAGGUGCCGUUCCCGUUCCCAGCAGCGCCACCUCUGUCCUCCCCAGCUUCUCUUUCGUCUCUGAGGUAGCCACCCCUACCGGCGAGACUGCUAUCCCCUCUUCCACCGUCCCUGCCGGUGCUGAGUCCAGCGCUGCCUACCCCGUUGGUGGUGGCUACGGCGGUGCCUCCUCCGCUCCUGCCUCCUCCAAGACCCCUGAGGCUGCCGUCUCUUCCUCCACCGAGGCUUACACUCCUCCUGUCGCCACCCCUACCCCUGACAACAGCUACGGCUCUGGCAGCGGUUACGGUUCCGGCUACGGCACCUACUAA